ACGAUUAGUUGUAUAAUUUCGAGGUAAAGCUAUGGACAGAUUAGUAAUUUGCAGAGGUGGUAGUGUUCGAUGAUCUUCUCACUGUUUAGCCAUUAACUACUCAACCGAUGAGAGAGAGAGAGACUGUUACGUGUGUUCCAAGCGAAGUGUGAGGAAUCGCGGGUUUGGAUUUCUUGUGAGAUUCGUCUAUUUGUGAUGAAAUUGUUCACUGAAUCUAGCUAGAUUUGUUGUUGGUGGUCAGAGAGGUAACUAAUGGGGGAGGCUUCUUGAGAGAGAGGAUUGUUGUUGUCGGUGGUGGCAGAGAUAGACAAAAUGCGGAAAUCUUUCAAGGAUUCUCUCAAAGCUUUGGAAGCUGAUAUUCAGUUCGCUAAUACCUUGGCGUCGGAUUAUCAUGGGGAGUUUGAUGGAGCCUGUCUUCAAAUGAGAUUGUCCUAUAGUCCAGCUGCUCAAUUUUUUCUCUUCCUUGUUCAGUGGACUGAUUGUCACCUUGCUGGUGCCUUAGGAUUGCUUAGGAUCCUAAUAUACAAGGCAUAUGUUGAUGGGAAGACAACCAUGUCGGUUCAUGAAAGGAAAGCUAGUCUAAGAGAGUUCUAUGGAGUAAUAUUUCCCUCUUUAUUGCAACUUCAAGGUGGUUUAACUGAUGUAGAAGACAAGAAACAGAAAGAAAUUUGUGCUAAGUACAAGAAUAGACAUGGGGUGGACAAAGGAAAGCUGUCUGAGAUUGACUUAGAAAGAGAAGAAGAGUGUGGCAUCUGUAUGGAGAUUGGCAGCAAGGUUGUAUUGCCCAAAUGCAAUCAUGCAAUGUGUAUGAAGUGCUAUCGAACUUGGCGUGCAAGGUCACAAUCAUGUCCAUUCUGUCGGGACAGUCUCAAAAGAGUAAAUUCAGGCGACCUUUGGGUCUACACUGGAAACAAUGAGGUGGUUGAUUUAUCUGCAAUCACAAGGGAAAACUUGAAGAGGCUGUUUAUAUACAUUAACAAGUUGCCUCUCAUUGUGCCGGAUCCUAUGAUUGUUUCUUACAAUCCCCGUCAUCUGUGAUACUUCUUCCAGGUGCACAUUAUCUGUACAUAAAUCUGCUUCAAUGCACAUAAUUUUCUCUACUCCUUAGGUUCACAUUUUAAGUUGUACAUAUUUUUCCAUUGUUCCUGUGGCAAGCAUUUGUCUUGAAUUGUAUAUUCAUUUGCACCGUAUCCUUGGUGAAAUUUAUUUAUCACAGCCUUUGUUGUUCAAGAACGCAGUAGCUCUGUUUUUCGCA